AUGGACAAUGGGACUCAUGGCGGCGAUGACAGAAAGCGCACCCGUGCCAGUCUCGGCCACGAGUCGCUCCCUGGAAACAAGCGUCGCAAGUCAGAGACGAGCGAAGGCAGCGGCGGCGCAAUCGAGGUUGGCAAGCGAGAAGCGCAACCGCAUGCGACACCAGACAGCCGCUUCCAACCUCCGCGGGCGUCGGGCUUUACACCGGUCAACCCGAGUGUGGUCGUCAAGGCUCAACCUGUUUCCAAGCCAGAGACACCCACCCCGGCCCAGACUCCGGGCCAAACAUUCAGCCUCAAAGACUUUAGUCUCACUAUGCGUUACCGCGGCAAGAUGUGGCACUUCAACAGUAUUGCGCACAAGGCCAAAGUCCUCGAACAAAUCCUCCUGCAAGAAGAAAAGGAUGUCGAAGCCUACCCCGUUCUGGCCUUCUCCAAGGGUGUGAAGAAAGCUUCGUUCGGUGGUAGGGAAGACUCAGAUGGAGACGAAAGUGCUUUGAAGGAUUACUUUCGCUUCUACACUCACUUCAUGAACGAGCGCUUCCCGAGCAGUGAAAAGAUCUUGUUGGAGAACGGGGUGAAGCCGUCAGCUCCCGACGUUACACCUAGCUAUCUCUCCGACCUUUUUAUGCAAUCUGCGCCUCCUGAAGUUCCCCAAAACGCGACUUCAGUAGACCCAACCCAGCAAACCCCUUCGCCUCCCACACAGCAUGGCCUUUCACACAUUGGACAGCAGGCCUCUGGCGGCACGCUUCCCAGAAGUAGCCCUAGAGAGCCAGCGCCAACCCUCGACGACACGUCGGACGGCAUCUCUGUUAGCUCGGGCGGUACUCAACGUGGACGGUCGUCGCACGCCGGACGGCUGAGCAGACAACACAGUUCCUCCCAAGAAGGUUCUCCCGGCAGCCGUAUUGACGAAUAUGAGCGAGCAUUCACAAAGUACCGAAGACCAUCCGAUGAGAUGAUCUUCCAAAUUGUCCCUUCUGCGAAAGACAAAACUUCCACCGUGUCAAUUGAGGACUUUCCAAAUGAGGUGCUCACCCACAUAUUGUCUCAUUUGCCUCCGGAAACUCUGUCUUCGAUGAGCCUGGUCUCCCAACGAUUUCACAAAUUGGUGACUACCCCUCCUGCGUGGCGCAUAGCCUUUGCGAGAUAUUUUCCAGGUGCGGAAGCCCUUGAGCUUGCAUCAGGCAAGACUGCAAGAGAUUCCGUGUCCGAUAUCGAGAAGACGCAGCGACGAUCCUUCACCCGCUUGUCGGCGCUUUCCUCAUGGAGAAGCGAAUACAUCCUUCGGACCCGGUUGUUGCGAUCGCUCGGUCGUGGUCGGCCGGCAAUUGAGGCCAUCUCGCGCUCUGGUGCUGCUCGUCAUGCGAGCAGUGCCGCCGCCGCCGCCGUAACAACCUACGCGUCUGGUCUUUACUACCCGGUGAGCCACCUGCACGCUACCUUUGGUGUAGGAUUGAACAAGAAACAACCCAUGUUCAUGCAUGGGGCUGUUGAACAGGGAGGAGUGACAGUGAGCGAUCCGGCAAACGGCAAACCCGGCACCUGGGGCACCACCGACUUUGAUGCUUUCAGACACUUCGCCGAUCAGUUUCCGGGUGAAUUACCUUAUGGCUUGAGUCCUGGCAAUGUGGUUGGCAUGCCCAAUGUCAUGGACAUCAGUCAGCCAUAUGGGAAAGUGUACGGAGAAGCCUUGCCCGGUGGUCGGCUUUUCUACACCUCCACCAGCGAGCAGCGCGGCCGUUUUGUUUCCAUCUCAUCAACCGCCGAUCAUGCACGUGGCAUCCCCGAGGCGUCCAUGAUGAACUCCGCUAUCUGCUCUGUUUGGAUCGCAAAGUCCGAAUCAGUCCUGAAGGCUACGGAUGGUCUCUUUGGAUUUCUUGCGGGAUUCUCAAAUGGAGUUCUUGGUGCAUAUGCUCUCGGCGUUAGCCCUGUACUUGACCGUCGUUACGAAAAGGGCGAGCCGACGGCGAAAUGGGUGCUCUGCCCCGGUGUACCUAUCAUUGCGAUCUGCGUCGACGAGAAGAUGUCCGUUCGACGACUGGCUAAUCAUCGUAUAUGGGCUGCCGUGUUGAACGCGCUCGGGGAGGUGUUCUAUCUGACGGAUGCUCCGACGAGACCUCACUUCACCGGCAAGGCCUCCACCGAUGAUCUCGAGCGGCUUGCGUGGCAAACCGGAAGAAGUGUGCAAUGGUCCCUUGUUGAGGCUACGCGGCGGAAGGCCAAGCCGGAUCCAUUUGGUACUGCGAAAGUCGACGGCAGCUAUAGCCCCCGAAGCUCAAGCGACAUGUCUGGGUUGAGCGUCGAUCAAAUCAUUGCUGAGACAAAGGAGGUGGAACAAUUCUUACACCACAAACCGAGACAUUUCCAGAACCUCUGUGAUGGGUGGGACAUGCAGCGGAGACUCAUUGUCGACUUUGCUGGUGACGACCAUCGCAAUGCCGGAGAAUCCGUCUUUGUCAUCGACUGUGGUCUAUAUGGAGACAGAGUGGCCGCGAUCCGACGCUUUACUCGAUCCAAGACAAAAAUCCCAGCUGAUUUCGACUUGGACAGCUGGCCCACCAUUGAGUCGACCAUGAAACGCUCGUCCAUCUUCGGUGGAAGUCCUGUGCAGCAUUCUCCGUAUGCCUCGCCUGCGCUAGGAAGCGUUCCUAGGUCGCGCACUUCCAGUCAAGACGACUCUGCGGACUCGAAGUUUCGUGAAACUUGGUUCAUCUCUAGUUUCUUGUUCGCAGAGCACCGAAAUGUUCACAUCUCGUCUUUGGCGUCUGACGACUCGGAGUUUGCCGUUCUGAAUGUCAGCGAAGAUCCCCUGCUCGGCAUGUCCGGCGGAUCAAAUGCAUCAUCUCCCCUCUCAUCUCCUAUGGGCGCUGCUUCCGCACUCAGCUCAACCUCUGAGAUGCCCGGUCGGCGCGCUCGGCUGUUCGGUAUCGGUACGACGUCAGGGGUUGUCAUGCUUUGGGAUAUGCGUGCAGGCCUCUCGCCCAGCGCUGACGUUGUCAACACUAUCCAGCCCGUGAGGAUCAUCUACACUAAAUCCCCUCAGAUUUCAUCUCUCGCGCUUACUUCGUUGUACGUCGUACAUGGUGGCAAUGAAGGCCUUGUUCAAGCAUGGGAUCCAUUGGCGUCCAGUAACGAACCCAUUCGGACUUUGAAUUCUCGAUUUUCCGAUCGAGCGAGAAGACGCAUUGCUCAGGCUGAAGCGUCCACGCAUGGAGUUGGGAACAACUUUUACGCGGCCGGUGCGAUUGUCCUAGAUCCCGACCCGACAGCUUUGCGUGGAAUGGUUUCUUUAGGAUCCUAUGUCCGAUACUGGUCGUACAGUUCCACUGCGGCCGAUGCUUACAAGAGUCGAAAGAGAGGUCAACUCCAUCGCCGAUCCGAACGCGGCAGCAAUUCGACGCCAGCCGGUCUGAAGGUCAGUGCGACUGGUCGCGGGUUGAUCAAUGAUUACAUUAGCAAUGAGAGACUAGAAGUAGAGCGGGACAAGGUCGCGAGGGAAAGGGAAAGAGACCGUUUGACCGGGAGGUUUGGCACCAAUCUGCUGGGGGAAGGGGCGAGCGAGGAGGAGAUGCUUGCAUAUGCCACCAUGCUCAGCGAGGAGGCGUUCUCCAAUGAAGAAAAGAAGAGGAAGGAGGACUACGGCAGCAGCUCGGUCGCCUCACCUAGUCUGCCGCCAGGCCGCACUGAUACUGACGCCGACCUUGAGGAGGCCAUCCGACUGAGCUUGCUAGACAGCGAACCGGUGUCAUCAUCUCCUGCAGCAGAUGAAUUCAAUAUCCCCAUCCGAUACGCGAAAAGCUCGCGUCAUGGAACACCUUCAAAGAGUGCAAAAGCCGGAAGCAGCAAGGCGCACGCUUCAGCGCAAGAGGUGGAUGAUUUGGAGUUUGCUCUGCAGCUGAGUCUCGCGGAGGAACAGAGCAGGCUUGUCAUGGAUACAGACUUCCCUGCGCUUUCACCGGCGUCGAGCAAUGGGUCAGACAGUGGAAGGGGCAAGGGAAAGUCGAGGCGUCGUUGA